UAUGGAAUUGGUACCACUGUGGGGUGGUUUCCUUCUCCGUUUCGCUCUAUCGUUCUACCCUUGGUUAUACCCAUCGAGCCUUCUGCGAAGGAAAAAAGGGUUGCUUGGAUUCGAGAUAGAUUUGCACAGUAGAGGCCCGUUAUCAACGUGGAUGGCGUCUUACGAGUGCAUACCCCCAACAAGCACGUGUUUUCCCGCGCGAGAAAAGCACAUGAGAGUCACGAUCAGAUUUUCUCUUCAUUCUCUCGCCGAGUUUUCAUUCCGGGAAAAAUGAAGAUUAUUCAAGCUGCCUCCAACCGAACCGACCGACAGUUCCACUCAAGCUUUUGACUCGGAAGGACGAUUUCAUGUGAAGAAGAGAUGGUGUUUCCCAUUUAUCUUCCAGCUGAAGUGAUACGACGACGAGCCAAACAAACAUACGAAUGUCGAGUGUGUGAUUAACAAGGCAAAUAGUGAGAGUGGAGGAAGGGACCGCAAGUACCCUUUUAAAGUGAACAAUGUUGGUGCGGUUGGCGUUUAUCCUCUUGUGGUUUCUGGAGCUUUUGGGUGCCGGGAUGCCAUCGUCGUGGGUGUCCUCGUCCCCGUCGAACUUUGAAAAUUUCACCCGUGGUCCGGAGUUUGCCGCGAAGAGGAGGAUACUGCGAAGCAUAGAUAAAUCGGUCCUGUUGGUGAAUGAAACGACAAAAGUGUUGAAUAGGAAUACCAUUAACACGGCCUUUGAACGAACCCGACCGGCGACGGGGAAGAAGCGGCUGAGGGAGGUCUCCAUUCUGGGGCUGUUUGAAUUGAGCACCCGGCAUGGUGUGCGGAAAGAAGGAUUCAGUGAAUUGGCUGCUGCUCAAUUGGCAGUUCAACACAUCAAUCGGAGGGGUCUUCUGCUCGGAUAUACGCUGAAGCUGUUGACGAAUGAUACAAAGUGUGAUCCCGGUGUCGGAAUCGAUCGGUUUUUCCACGCCUUGUACACCCAUCAAGACAAGCGUAUCAUGAUGGUGCUUGGGUCUGCUUGCUCGGAAGUUACCGAAAGUUUAGCCAAAGUCGUUCCAUAUUGGAACAUUGUGCAGGUCUCUUUCGGCUCAACAUCGCCAGCGUUGAGCGAUCGCCGUGAAUUCCCACUGUUCUACCGAACAGUGGCACCCGAUUCGUCGCACAAUCCUGCCCGAAUCGCAUUCAUCAAACACUUUGCCUGGGAUACGGUGGCCACCUUUUCCGAGAACGAGGAAGGCCAUUCGUUGGCCGUGAACGACCUGGUGACCGAUCUGGAGCUAGCAAACAUCACCUGUGCGGCUACGAUAUCCUUUGCGGAAACUGAUUUCAAGGAGCAGCUCAAACUGCUAAGGGAAAAGGACAUUCGGGUGAUUAUCGGAAGUUUCUCACACGAAAUCGCUCCUAAAGUUUUCUGCGAGGCUUAUCAUCUGGGAAUGUAUGGAUCGGAAUACGCAUGGAUUCUACAGGAUACCCAUAUUUCCUUCUGGUGGCUUGAGCAGAAUAGCGCCUGUCCGUUGACAAUUCUGUUGAAGGCCGUGGAAAAUGUGCUGCUAGUGUCCAGCUAUAAUAGCAUCGUUGGAAUGGGAACAGCACUGAGUGGUUUGACAAACGACAUCUUCCUCCGCAAGCUGGCCGAAAUGAACGUGACCGAACCGGUGUCGCAAUUCGCUCCCCAAACAUACGAUGCGGUAUGGGCGAUCGCGUUGGCCCUCCGCGGCGCAGAACGAACGUGGACACAGGUAGCCCACCGGAACCGUACCCGGUUGGCCCAUUACGACUACACGCGGUUCGACAUUGCCCAGGAACUGCUCAGCCAGUUCGACAGUCUGAAGUUCAACGGGAUCUCCGGACCGGUUUCGUUCGAUGGAGCCGAUCGCGUGGGAACCACUUCGUUCCAUCAGAUCCAAAGCGGACGGCUGCAGCUCAUUGCGUUCUACUAUCCGAAGAACAAUUCGUUGGAUUUCGGUUGCCCCAAGUGCGGUAUGGUGGAGUGGGAAUCCGGACAGGUACCGAUCGCGAAACGCAGCUUGAGACUUCGAGUUGACACCAUUUCACCGUUGGCGUUCUACAUGGUGGUCGUGUUAUCUGUGGUAGGAAUUGGAAUCUCGCUGUUGUUUCUUGGACUGAAUCUACACUUCAGGAAACUCAAAGCGAUCAAACUGUCCAGCCCAAAGCUGAGCACGAUCACCGUUACCGGGUGUAUACUAGUCUACAUGGCCACGAUCCUACUGGGGCUCGAUCACUCAACACUACCCUGGUCAUCGGUGACCUUCUCGUCGAUCUGCAUGGCCAGAAUCUACUUUCUAUCGGCUGGUUUCUCGCUCGCAUUCGGAUCGAUGUUUGCCAAGACAUUUCGAGUCUAUCGGCUGUUCACGCACAGCGCCGGGGGACUCUGUAAGGAUAAGAUCUUGAGGGAUACUCAGUUGAUCUCGGUGAUCGGCGCAUUGCUGCUGCUGGAUGCCUGCGUUGUGUCGUUCUGGAUGGCUGCGGAUCCAAUGGAGCGACACUUACAUAAUUUGUCACUGGAGAUCAGUGCUACUGACAGGACCGUGGUUUUCUUGCCGCAAGUCGAGCUGUGUCGAUCGAGGCAUUACGAAAGUUGGCUGGGUACGUUGUACGCGUACAAAGGUCUCCUGUUGCUGGUGGGUGUCUACAUGGCAUGGCAGACUCGGAAUGUGAAAAUUCCAGCCUUAAACGAUUCUCAGUACAUCGGAAUUUCGGUGUACAGUGUGGUGAUCACCAGCGCUAGCGUUGUAGUCCUAGCCAAUUUGUUGUACGAGAAAGUAACCUUGGCGUUCGUGAUCACGGCAGGUUUCAUUCUAGUCUCAACGACGGCAACGCUCUGCCUACUGUUUCUUCCGAAGCUGAAAGAUAUCUUCGAUAAGGGCGAAGUGUACGAUCCAGUUAUCCACAGUAUGGGACUCAAAGUGGAAUGCAACACUCGGAGAUUUGUACUAGAUGAUCGCAGAGAGCUGCAGUUCCGUGUGGAGGUUCAAAAUCGAGUGUACAAGAAAGAGAUCGAGAUGCUAGACGCGGAAAUCGUUCGGUUGGAAAAACUCCUCAACGAAAAGUCUUCCAGAUCUUCGUCGCGAUCAUCUGACCCGAACGUAAAACCCCUGGAAAUGUCGGACCCCAGUACGACCAGUGGAUUGCCAAUGCUGCUACUAUCCGUGCUUCCCCCGAUCAUACCUCGUGCGAGUUGGCCUUCCGUCGACCCUAUGCUAUCACCAAUGAAGCGAAACGUGACCUUCAGCUCUCAGCCGCGGAUCGAACUGAGUCGCGAUCGAAUGGGCCUAUCUGGAUAUCGAUCUUCGAGUAUAGAGGAAGGUGGAGGAGGUGUGCUAAACCGAAUCUGGAACCUGUUUGGACCGCGAAUGCGCAAUACUACGUCCGUGUCAACGCUUGGAGGUUUGAACCUGGCCACUGUCAUGCCUUCGAAACUCACGAUCUUUGCGGAAGUGGACGCCGAAGAUGAAGUGUCAUCUAUGAGUGAUCGUCGACGAUCGGAUGUUUUUACGAUUAAUCAAACAUCCGUCGAAGAUCUACGCUUGACAGGGUCCGAACCGAAGGUGAACUUCAUGCUGCCACCUGUAGUAGCGAAUCGACGAUCCUCGAUCGUACCAACCCUUCGGGAGAGGAUCAAAGGAUCUCCCAGAUUUCCCCACAGGGUUUGCCCGACCAGCAGCAUGUCGGAAUUGGUAGGGGACCGGGCGAAGAUCGGGUUUCUAACGGUGAAGAGCUGCGAGGUUUUGCAACGUAACAAUAACGAUCCCAAAUCGAAGUGGAAAUCGAUGGAUUCUUUUUCGAAGAAUGUCGAGCAGUGUUGAGUUUUGAGUGGUGACAAUGUAGGACCAAUAACCCGUAUAAAUAUCGGUUAACAUUAGUUGAUAGAUGGUUGCAACUGAGUGCUGUGUUUCAUAGAAAGCAAUAAAAUAAAAUCGAAUCAAUGGUAGUUUGUGUGAA